AUGUGGGUACUUGGUCUCCACAAAGUCCAUGGAGAAGAGAGCAUUGUAGUGCUCUUGGUACAUGGGGAGCUCAUCCUCUCUUGCUCUGACUCCUCCUCUUCCAUGGCUCAUUCUGGUUGCUCUUGCUCAUCUCUCAACCAAUUGGUUCACCUCUUCUCCUUCCUCUUUCAGUCAUCACCCUUCUCUUGUGGAAUGUUUACCCAAUUUCAAACUCUCCCUUCGCUCUCACUACUAUGGGUCAUUCCUCUUCUUGGUCCUUCUCUCUUCCCUCACCCUCUAAUCUCUUCCUCAGAUCCUCCUUGUCAUUCUUGA